AACCCUGAGUUUGUAGGUCAACCAAAGGCGUGUCUGACGUAAUUCCAUCAAUAGUAAGCUUUUUUCCCUUAAUUUUUUGCGGGAAACACCUUUAUUUAAGUGCGCAGUAAAUUCACGUUUCGGUCCUGGUUUACAAGUGGCCCACCGCGCGAGCAAGUCACGCAGUUGCAACACGCUCACGCGCCGGAGGCUUCACCUUCAGAGCGCGGGGUCUUGUAGUGGGGGUAUAUACUACUUUGUGCAUACAGGCUGAUUAAUCGUGAGCAAAGAUUACGCAAAUUGGUGCUGAUGCAGACGGUCCCAGAAAUAACCGCGCGAGCGCGCUGAGCGGCUUUCAGUACCAGGGCAGCUGAACGUAGGCCGGGUGGAUGAACGCAUUUCCCCGCUUACAUUCCCGAAAAUGUGAAUCCAGGGGAUCAUUGGUAAUGAGUGGCACAGCCCCCUCCCAGCGGAGUGUGACUGUGGGGAGCAGGCACACGGCGGCCUCUGGACCUCCCGUGGUCCCGGACCCCCUGGCCCCCAAGCGCGUCUGCUUCUACAAGAGCGGGGACCCCCAGUUCUCCGGCUUCAGGGCGGUCGUCAGCGGCCGCACCUUCAAGUCCUUCGACGCCCUCCUGGACGGCCUGUCCAAAAAGGUCCCGCUGCCGUUCGGGGUGCGGACCAUCACCACCCCCCGCGGGACGCACGCCGUCCUGUCCCUGGACGAGCUGGAGGACGGGAAGUCCUACCUGUGCUCCGACCGGAGGAGAGUGAAGCCCAUAGACCUGGAGGCCGCCCGGAGGAGGCCGCUGCCGUGGAACUCGGCCCUCCCGGCCAGCAGGGGGCGCCGAGCGUCGCAGCCUGCGGGCAGCAGGGCGAUGCGGGGGAGCCCCGCGGUGGUGCCCAUGCCUAAGACCCUGACCGUGUUCAGGAACGGUGACCCCAGCACCCGGCACACAGUCACACUGCAGGGGACCAGCUCCCUGACCUUCGACACCCUGCUGGGCCACGUCUCAGAGCUCCUGCAGGUCCCAGUGGUGAAGCUCUUCAGCCCCGAUGGCAGGAGGGUUGAUGGCCUUGCUGCUCUCCUGCUCUGCUCUGCGGUGGUGGCAUCCUCAGGUCAUGAUCCCUUCAGGCCUGACAGCUACGGUCCCCACAAACCGCCGCGGACCUCUCAAAGCGCCCGCCAUCUGGGGCCUGACAGGCUGCAGCCAAGGCCUCGGAAGAGCGAGUUGCUGUCCAGGAAGAACUCCAGGAACUUCUCUCCUUCUUCCGAGACAUUGUUGGCGAACCAGAUCAGUGACUCCAUGUCUGGGAGCCUUGUCAAGCCCCACAGCGGUUGCACAGUGGACACGGCUGGACUAGCCUGUGCUGGGGACACAGCUGGACUACCCUGUGCUGGGGACUGGGACGUUUCGGGAGCGGGGAGUGGUGCCCUGCUGCCCCCUGAUGUGGAUGAUAUCGAGAAGUCUUGCCGGAUAAACCAGGACGGCAGCAUGACGGUGGAGAUGAAGGUCCGGCUGAUGAUAAAGGAAGAGGAGACCAUACACUGGACCACCACGCUGUCCAGGUCCAGCACCACCUGCUGGCCGGGGGACGGACCUGCACCGCAGGAGCCGACAGAUGAAAGGUCCCCAGACUCCAACAAUCCAAUAGAGGACCCUGAUGUUGACAGAGGCAGGGGCGGGACUAACGUACAGCUGCCCAUGCCAGUGGCUGGAGCCAGAGAUCCCAGUGAAGAAGGAGAGGAUAGGGACGCAGUGUUGGCUGAUGCUGAGAAACCCAGGAUCAGGAGGGUUCAGACCCCAGGCCCGAGGGCCCUGAGGAAGAGGCUGCCAUCCGCUGAGAGCUUCCUGUCAGAUUCAGAGGCUCGGGAGGACGUGGUGGGCGCCUCCCACGCUCGCACGGAGUGGACUGCAGGGAGCACCGUGGCGGAGAAGCACAGCAGCCUCACCCAGCAGCACAGCCAUCGACCCACACCCAAACGCAGGAGCGCAGCGGCAGCCAAUCACAGAGAGCUGCGUUCUGCUUUCCGGACCUCCCGGUCAGCAGAAGUCCUGCAGAUACAGAACAAUGGGAGAGAGGUCACAGAGUCGGUGCUGCACGUAUACGAGCAGCAGAGCUGCUUUGACGGCUACUUUGGCAACGCGAAGAUCGCAGGCGAGCAUCAGUCCGUGAGCAGGGAGGUCCGCAGCCGGACGUUCUCCACAGAUACGGCCCCUCGUUCCUCCGGAAACGACAACGGUCGACUACACGGGGGGCCCGGCGUCACCUCGGAACCUCCCCGCUGUGGAGAGUCUGAUCGUACUCCCACGUCACCUAAACCGUCACCUGAACCUGCAGUCCCUUCGUACAGGAUCCAGAACAGCCCGUCGUCCUCCACAGACAACGAAGCCCGUGUCACCAUGGAGUCCCCGUCCGAGUGUUCCCUACGGGACACGGACGGCUCCGAGAGUCACGGCCUUGGUCGGGGACAGAAGAAGUCGUCGGAGAAGCUCAAAGCGAGAAAGAAGGCCUCGCCCCUGUCCCCAAUUCCAGGCAGAACCUUAGCAGAGGGCCUGAAGGUGGACCUCAGAGGCGUCAGGCAUGUGAAAUCCGCCUCAGACGUUGCACACAGCCGAGAUGGAGUAAGAGCUGAGGGGGGUGCAGAACAUGAGAAAAGACAGCUUCGCAAAAUAAAAGAGAAAAAGAAAGGAAUGAGGGACAGUGAUGACAUAUCCAAAAGCCACACCCUGUUGGAGAACAUUAAGCACCAGAGGGAAUCUGCGAAAGAGCUAAAUUUAACAGAGGGGACGUCCAUCACUGAGACUAAGCUCAACCUAAGCACAUUUGCAAAGACAGAUCUGUUAGACAUCCAACCUCCUCUUUUGGUCCGAAAAAUGCUGGUGAAGCAGUGGUCAAUGAACGAGGAGAGAAGAGGAGCGAGAGAAACAGGGGAGCUGAGCGAGAGCGUGUCAAUGCCCGUUCUGCACUCCUCUCCCUCUGCCGUCACGGAGUACGUAGGAAACUGGCUGGAGAAAAUGACACCACCGGAUGUCACUUCCUGCAUAGAUGACGCGAGUGUCACGGAGUCAGCGGAGAGGGUGCAGUUUCAGAUCGGCUGCGACUCCUGCGAUGAGUCCGAGGCAAAGAGCGAAAUGAAGUCGGCCCCACAGGAACACUCGACCUCUGAGCGACUAUCCUCCCAUCCGCCCACUGAGGAAAGGUUUCAGCUGGGACCCGAGCGUGAGCUGCAAAUGAGGAAAAGCACAGGCAUGUCAAAGUCCGACGUCUGCAUGAAAGGACCGAAAGUCAAAAUGCACAAGUCGGCUGAAGCUCUCGUUCAGUCAGGAACGGAAAUGCCUUUAGCCUCCGAGGUUGCCCAAGAGCCCCAAAUUAGACCCUUGCUGGAGCAGCUGUGCUCAUCAAUUCAGUCGAUAAAUCAGAUUUCCCAGCGCGGGCACACCCCUUGCCUUGAGACGUCCCAUGGCGUGCCGGACUUCUCCUCUCUGGUGGCCUCCAUAUUCGGGUCAUCCUCCAAAAUGCUGAUUGCUUUUCUAUCUGUGCUGGCCUUAAAGGAAGCCAUUGCAAGCCUGGGCAGAGACCUGCCACCUGCGAAGGACUGGAGUGUCUCCGAGGCCUUGCAAAUGAUGAAGGCCCUGCACAAACUGGCCAGCUUAGAAAACACAGAUGAACUGCAGACGGGCCUCUCAGACCUGCACAGGUCGGCCUCGUCGGAGCUGCUGCAGAGCUGGAGGAGCUUCCAGGAGCUCGGCAGCCUCGCUGACAGUCAGGAGGACUUUGGGUCCUCUGAACAUCCGACUCUGUCUGAGGAGAGCAGCCACCAAGAGGGAUAUCCGUAUGGAUUCCAAGAGCUGAUGAAGGAACUGGACAUCUCCAGCGAUCUGCAGAGAGAACUUUCCGGCUUGGUCAUGGGGGAGAUGAUGAACGAUGUCGACAGGAAUGAGGCACCAAUGGAGAAGUCAGAAGAGGCAAGCAGUUCUUUUGAAUCAGCAACUAAGGAAGCUUAUCUUGUGGAAUCUGUCCAAGGGAUAGGUGACAGUGACUUUGCACAAUCUGUGGCAGAGGAUGAAGUCACCGACUCUGUACGGUCCCUUGCAGAGGAAGUCCAUGACUGCACACAGUCUGACCUGGAGAAGGAAAUCAAUAGCUCGGAAGAGUCCAUCUAUGAGGAAAAGGACAAUGACUCUGCAACGUCUGUCCAGGAGAGAGAAGCUGAUAAACUUGAAGAAUGUGUUUUAGUGGAAGAGGAUGAUUCACAGGCUACUCAGGGGAAGAAUGUGAAUGAUCAUGCACUGUUUCUCCGGGGAAAUCACACUGAUGGAUCAGUCUCUGAAGAGUACGAAAGCACAGAAGAUGAUAUCACCAGAAACUAUGCUCCAAGCAUCAGUGUGGAUGCAGACACUGAAAAAUGCAAGCGUUCAACUUUAGAAGAAGCUGGCUACUUAGAAGAGAGGGGGAGUCCCACAGGAGAGCCAGUCAUCUCUGUUGGGCAGGAAAAAGAGUCCAGCUACAGGCAAAUGGAGGCUUGCUUUUUACAAAUGGGCACAGUAUCAGAAGCAUUUCAACUUUCUUCCCCUGGACAGUCAAAAGAGGGGGAGUCUGCGGUGGGUGAUUUUGAAGACAGUGUGAGAAUGGCUAAGCUCCAAACUGGGUCAAAGGAACGUGAAGACCCCAACUCUGCAACCAUCUCUCACUCCGUGGAGAUCCCGGAGGCCCUGCUGGAGUACGUGAGAUCGGUCCUCAUGUCCUCCUCACUGGUGUUCAUCCACGACUCCAGGGGACACCUGCGGGUGGAGUCAGAGAGGCCCUGUGACAGGUCGGUGAAGGGAGUGCCCCAGUACGGGCAAAAACAACUUCCCAGCCCCAGCAUGUCAGACCUCUCAGACUACAGAGAGACAUCUGAGAGUGAUAGGUACCUGUCACAACCAUCAGUGGAGCUGACCUCGGAGAGUGAGGGGGAAGGGUCUGGAGUUCGGCCAAUCACUCAGGGCUUUGUGGAUAGAUCAGAGGGAGGGAAUGACACCAACCUGGAGGAAGUUGAGGAAUAUCAGGCAAGCAGCCUCAGCUCCUACCCUGAUGGAAGGACAGAGGAGACGGGAGGUGCGUGUCGAGGCCAAUCCCCCGAACAUGCCACUCCCCGCAUGGAUGACGCCAUAAGUGAUGGGGUGCUGAUCGACAAAGGCAAAUGGCUCCUGAAGGAGAACCACCUAAUCAGGAAGUCUCCACCGGUGCCUUCCGGAAUGUACGGGAAUGUCGAGACCACGUCAGCAGACACCACGCAGGAUGACGUGAGCGAAGACGUCCCGUGCUGCAUCCAGCCGGGGGGCCACCGCUCGCCCAUGGCGGUCUUGUCCUCCUCCGAGCUGGAGGAGCUGGCCGGCCCGGCGAUGCCUAAGUGCUCUUACUUCAACAUGUCGCACGGCAGCGACUCCGAGCCCUUCCGGGAUGAGCUGAGCGACGGCAGCGGGAGGAGUCUCAGCGGCCACAGGAGCGGGAAUGGGAAGGCCACUCAGACAAAGACAGAGCCGGGGGUGUCCCCGUCCGAUGAGCACCGCCAAACACGGGCUAAGAAGUGCGGCAGUCUGUCUUCCUUUGCCUCCGUGGAGUUCAAGAUGGCGGACAACAAGGUGCACCCCCAGGCCCAGCCAUCGGGGGGUGGGCCUGUGGAGAGCCAGCCUGGCGGAGCUUCAAACAUAGCCAGCCAGACGCUCCAAGAGCAGGACUCCCUGGAGAAACUUCACCUGGUGUGUGGCCAGCACUGCCCCAUACUGUAAUCCUAUCACUGUACCCUACUGCAAUAACAACACUGUACCAUACUGUAAACCCAUCACUGUAACAUACUGUAAUCAUAUCACUGUACCAGUCUGUCCAAUCAUCCACUCUUUUACAACACAAUUACAUUAAUCCAGUGAUGUGCAUACUGCAAUCCAAUGCCAUCUGGUCAUUCAGUACUCAAAUCUUCAAAAUUCAAGGGGAAACAACACUGCAUUUCAGGUGUAUGUUUUUUCUCUCCCACAAGGUAAAGAUAUAUAUAUAUAGGAGAAUAUAUAAAGGUAAAACAUCCAAAUACUAUGGAUAAAUGCUUUUUGAUAAACACAUGGUGCCUGAAAACCUAUGGGCACAAUAAUUAAUAUUUUAUGUAUAACUCAUUCUGCUCUUAGCCAUUUUAAAAGUAAAUGUGAUGGCUAACAUGGUAAAAUAAUUUAGCAUCUAGUGCUGAAGCUUCCAUUAUCUGGUUCGUAUACUGAAUGACUUUCAGAACCAAUGGUUGGUGGUUCCUGAGACUUCUACAUAUUCAAAAUGACUCUUGAGAAUUUGUGUUCAAUGUGAAUCGUUUGUAAUAAUGCUUGUACAGACUCUAUUAAGCACUCAUUAUUAUUCUGUGGUUCUGUGGUGUACAGUGUAUGUGUGCUUGAAUAAUUCAUCAUAUGCAACAUAGGGUGAAUAAUGGACAGUAGUGUAGGGUGCUUGUCACAGAAUCCAUUACCAGACGCUUGUCUUUCUAAGCUGAAUGGGGCAUCCUUGUUGUAAAUUUGACCAAGAUAGUAAACUUGACCAAGAUACUUAACUUGAAGGAAACAUUAAUGAUUUAAAGAUGCCAGCACAACAUGAUUUCAGAUAUGCUGGAGCCACUGUUCGCCGGUUAAAACUUGAACAAAGUUCAACAAAAAUUUUUUUCUUCUCUUUUUUUGUUGUAAUUUUGAUAAUAUAUUAUAUACUAUUGAUUAAAUAUUAGCCUUAUGCAAUGAAAACAUGUUGGCAUAUAGUGAAUUGUGCAUUGUAAAAUAUCAAAUAAAACAUUUUGAAAUAUGGAUGCACACAACAAAUUUACAAAAUAAUACAUUCUAAUAGUUAUAUGCUUACAGAUAUAUCGCAAAACAGCAAUAACUGGUAUAUUAAAAAUAUUUUUUAUAUUAUUAAAUAUACAUUUAUGACAUUAUUGAUAUAUGUAUAUGUAAUCAAAUUCUGAAAAGAUUAUCAGAACAGCCUUCCAUUGCCACAAAAACAGCCAGUCAAGAAUGCCAAUAUAUAUGGAUCUCCAUAUGAAAAAUACAUUUUUGUUACAUAUGAGUAAGCAUGACAGGUGCGUUGUACGUGUGUUAUGAAUAGAUCAUAGAGAGCUUACGUCAUAUAUUUAAAAAUGCAUGUUUAUUGCACAUUUAUAUGAGUAGGGCAGGGGCAAUGUAACAAUUCAGUUUACUCCUUUCCAUGUAUAAUAUUUGUGACAGAUGUUUUAAACAAGCCUCUAAGCCUCUGGUUUCUGUUACCCAAAAACAUACUGCUUCAUGUUUGCCCAUACAUCUUGAUAUCUUCCUGAAAUCAGUGUGGGUGUGGCCGAUAGGUGACCAAUCUGUAGUUUGGUGUGAAAUGACGUAACUAACCUUUCUGUUCCUAUCCAGGGGUGACAUCACCCUGUGUCGCAUCACUUCUAAACUGAAAUGUCCACUAGAUGGCAGCACCAGAUAAAACAUGAAACUUCCGCUACCUCAGCAAAAACAGUAUUUAGGAUUCUUGUUAGAAUGAUAUUUAUUUUUCCAUUGCACUGAGGCAAAUAAAGCUUUUUUAAAAAAAUAG